GAUAGAGGCGCCGAGCUAGCAGAAUGAGCAGGGCAAUGGAGGCCGACAUGGACGCGAGCUUGGACUUCUUGGAGCUGGAGGCCCAUCUCGUCUUCGAUCUCGGCAGCGCCGCCGCCGACAGGUACGUGAUGAGCAAACGUUGGAUUAGCUUGGCUGAUUGCUGCAGCUCCUACCUGCCGGCCGAGGACUCGCUCUCCGGCCUCGACUCCUCCUGCCUCAACGACUCCGCCGGCUCGCCGGACGGCGCCACCAGCUCGCCGUCCACGGCGUCGACGAGGACGACCAGGGAGAGCAAGAACGUCGUCGAGGAGAGGGACCGGCGCAGGCGGCUCAACGAGAAGCUCUACGCCAUCCGCGGCGUCGUCCCAAACAUCACCAAGAUGGACAAGGCGUCCAUCAUCCAGGACGCCGUCGCAUACAUCGAGGAGCUGCAGGAGCAGGAGCGCCGGAUCCUUGCCGAGGUGUCCGACCUCGAGGCCGGCGGCUGCACCGCCGUGGUCAAGUCGGAGGCCUCCACGGGCAGCGAGGGGGUGGAGAACGCCGGCGUUGGCUUCUCGCGGCGGAAGAAGAUGCGGAGGACUAGCUCCUCCUCAUCCAUCAACGACGCCGUCGCUUCACCUGCCACGCAUCCGGUCGAAAUCUUUGAGCUGGAGGUGACGCCCAUAGAGGAGAAGCUGGCAGUGGUGAGCAUGAGGCACAAUAAUACCCAACACGUCAUGGCGAAGAUGUACAAGGCGCUAGAUUCACUUUGUCUCAAGGUUAUCACCUCAAGUGUCGCUGUCGCUGAUGGCCGCACAGUCCACACCAUGUUCAUCGAGACGGAAGAAAUGGAUGGUGCUGAGACGAUCAAGGAGAUGGUACAGGCUGCACUCAGCCAUCUCGAAUUCUCGAUGUGAGAAGAAGCUCAACCAAGUCCAUGAGUCACUGAUGAAGACUAAGUGUCUCAAAGAAUACGUAAUGGGCACCCCCAAUUACAUCAUGGUGGAGAGGCAUGGUUUGGUCCAAUUUGAUACUACAACAUUCUAAUAAAAGUGACUACAACUGCAGUCACUUAUAUGGCCCAAAAAUUAGUCACUGUGCCUAGAAUUUGUGUAAGCACGUGGUACUAGUACUCCCUCCCUUCGGAUUUGUAAGAGUGUCUCCAUACAUAAUCAUAUAGAACUUCAGUUCAGUUUA